AAGCAGGACACAGCGCUUAGUUCACAUGGUUCAUUAAUCAUUUACAGUUUGAUUGUUAUGAAAUGUAUACGGAAAAGGCAAGAGACCCGUAAUUAAAUAAAAUUUGUGAACUGCAGAUAUUUUGCUGUAUGUACAUUGUACAGUCCGACUAAUUAAAUUCAAAAACGAUCUGAAUUAUGUUAAGCCGGAAAUGUCGUUAAAAUGUGAAAUGUUGAUCAGAUCAUAAAAAUGUUAGUGUUUUUAAUGGAGGUAGUUUAUUGGACAAUCAUUGUGAUUAUUAAUUGAUAAAUUGGAAUAAUUGGCUAAACUAGCUUCAGUUCUUUGCAACAAAAUAUCGUUGUGAUCUGCGUGAAUAUAAAUUUUUCAUUCAAAAAAUUAUGAAAUUCAGAGUGAAAGUAAUUCUGCUGUUGCUGCUCUCACUGCUAAUUAUUAUUAUUUACGGACUCCGGCCAAGAAAAACACACAAAAUUGAGGAAUACUCGCACACAACAAUUGGAAAAUCACCACCAAUUGUCACCGAAAUCUUAGGAGGAUUAGGUAACCAGUUAUUUCAAUACGCCGCUGCAUACUCCAUAGCUAAAAAACGUAAUUCCGACAUCUACAUUUGUGUGAACGGAUUUGACGUCAACCUGAAAGCAUUCAUCUCAUCCUACUAUUCUUCCGAGCAACGCAAAUAUUUGUUAGAUCACUUCAACGUCCCUCAAGAUAAGUUACUGUUUUUGUAUCCGUCCGCUAAUUUUAAGUGGAAUCGAUUCGAUGAAAUCCAGUGUGGCAUUGACUAUUACUUGAACGGUAGAAAAGUGGAAAAUUAUAUUGUGACCGAAGUGAAUGUGUUAGCGGGUGAUCUACCCGACGAUAAAGUACUUCUGAUCAAAGAUGUAUUCGAGUCGGAUGUGUUUUUUGCACCGGACAAAUUGGAUAUUUUGAAUAUAUUUCAACCAACGUUCGAUACGCAUCCCAUCGACGAUUUGAUAAAAAUGGUCUCGUCAACGGAAAACAGUGUUUCGGUUCACAUCCGUAGGGGUGAUAUGGCUCGAAAGGACGAUUUUCGACUCAUUUCCCUCAGCUAUCAGAGAGAAGCCAUGCAAUUGGUUAAGCGAUCAUUACAGACUAGAAACGUGACGUUCUUUGUGUUUAGCGACGAUUUAGAUUAUGUGAAAAAUCAUUUAGAUGAGGGAAGUGAUACGCCCAACCGCAUCAUUUAUAUGUCCGACUUCACCGAAAACAAUACGCUGUACGAUUUUCUGCUAAUGUCACUUUGCCAGCACAACAUCAUACCGAACAGUAGUUUCAGUUGGUGGGCCGCCUAUCUGAAUAAAAAUCCCGAUAAAAUUGUUGUCGCUCCACUUCCAAAGUAUAGAUCGGAGUGGAUUAAUGAAUUCUACCCGAGUGACCACAGCAAAUUGCUUCUUGGGGAAUUAGCUUAUCCCAAAGGAUGGCUCACAAUUAAGCCAAUGUUUUUAAAUUAUUCGGAACAAAGGGGUCAGUGAUAAGGUAUGUUGCGCUAAGAUCGACGUUGUUGAGACAAAUACAUUUUCGUGUCACGGGGAACUUGUUGCACAAAAAUGUAUGAAAUCUGCGAAAAAAAUGUUUAUUUAAUAAAUAAAAAGUCCACUAAAAUUUGACAAUAAUAUUACGGCGACAGCUCUCGAUGUCGUGAAAAAAGUGGUGCGUAAUUAAGGGAUUUUAUUUUUCUAUUAAUUAUAAGUAGAAGUAAGAUGUAAUUGUAUAAAGUCAAAAAGAUAAUCUUUAAGACAAUGAUAUGUAUUAUGGACGCGCUCAGACUUAACGGCAAAUAAAGUUUAAUGG